GAAGGGUCCGCGCCACCCUGCUCUGUCCAUCCACCAAACACGAACAGGCCUGCCCCCCCUCCCCCUCGCACACGUCGUACCACCACCACCAUCAGCAGCAGCCAGCAGGCCAUGGAGGCGGAGGCGUUCCCGAUACGGUUCACGCAGGGCGUGCGAGCCUACUGGCGUCGCCGCAAGUACCACCGCCUGGCGGAGGGCGCCGACGGCACCAAGCCCCGGUCGCGGUCGCGGCAGCUGGGCUCGGCCUCCGGCGUCGGCGGGGCGCGGCUGCGGCGCCGGGUGCGCGUGCUGCUGGCGGGCCCGCGGCGCGCGCUGGCGCGGGCGCGGGACGCGUACGUGGGCGGCAUGCUGUCGCUGGCCAAGCGCGCGUCGGCGCUCGCGCUGCCCGGCGCCGUCGAGGCGCUCUGGACCAAGCGCGUGCCGCGCCGGAAGCAGGGACAGCUCCCGGCGGCGCCGGCCGGCAGCGGCAAGCCCACCGAGUUCGAGCAGCGGCUCAUCUUCGAGAUCUACAAGUCCAUCGUCGCGUCCAAGGAGCUCUCCACCAUGCUCCACGCUUCCGCACCGCAGCCCGCCACGCUCGCCGCGGGGAUCCCGUCCACGCAUCUGCUCGACAUGUGAGCGAUCCGUGCACUGUCCGCCGCUGGAGAAGGAGAACGCGAGGCCGAUGGAGCCGAUCGACGACCCGGCCGGAGCGAGCUCGUUAGCUUAAUUGUAAGAGAGAUUUAGAGAAUCCCAAGCUGUUAAAUAGUACUAGCCUCGUUUUAUUUCUCGUAAUCAUGCAUGCACCCCAGUACUAGUACGUACUGUGCAUGCAAGCAAGCCACCCCUGCUGCAAAAGAGGCAGCUUGUUGCAGUAUGUUGUAUGUAAAUGUAAAUUUGUAAGAAAAUUUGACGACCAAAAAUUCGUGGUUCCCUCCCAUA